CUAGUCCAUGAUCCACCAAUAAGACUGCCAAAGCCAUCUUUCUGUCAAGAACACACCAGUUUGGCACAAGAAACUUUCUCUUCUGUUCAUCCCAAAAUAACACAUAACAAACAAACAGAACUUGUGUUCUUUUCCCCAACAAUCAUGGUCCCAUUAACAAUCAUACCCUAGAAUUGGUACAAAAUGGAUGAACAUAUUUGCUGUCAAAAUGGCCUUAACCCAACUGAUAUAGUUGUAGUGAUGGUGCCUUUUCCUGCACAAGGCCAUAUAAAUCAGCUCAUUCAUCUAACUCGUCUCAUAACCACCUAUAAAAUACCAGUCCAUUUUGCAGGAUCUGCCAUCCAUAACCGCCAAGCAAAGCUCCGACUUCAUGGAUGGAACCUCGAAAGAACGAGUAAUAUCCAUUUUCAUGACUAUCAACUCCCUCCCUUUACCUCACUUCAGCCUGAUCCUAAUACAAACAUCAAGUUUCCUCAACAUCUUCAGCCUCUUUUCGAUGCUUCUUUACAUCUUCGACAACCCGUCUACAGUCUAUUAAAAGAACUUUCAAAUAAGUAUAGAAAAGUGAUCAUCAUUCAUGAUAAUCUAAUGGCUUCAGUAGUACAAGAUCUAAAACUAAUCCCAAAUGCUGAAUCUUACACAUUUCUAUCAGUUUCUGCUUUUACUAUCUUUUUUAACAAAUGGGAAUCAUUAAAGGAUAAACCUUUCGAGCUCGAUCAUGAUGUUCCUGCACAUAUACCAUCUAGAGAAGGGUGUUUUACACCAGAAUUUGAGAAAUUCAUAGCUAAUCAACAUAAAAUACUGUCAGAAUUUGAAUCGGGCAGACUGUUCAAUUCUUGUAAGAUCAUUGAAGGUAGAUACUUGGCAUUACUGUCAAAACUACAAACAGAUUCUAAAAGGAAACUGUUUGCUGUGGGACCCUUUAAUCCAGUGAAAAUAGAAGGAAAACCCGGGUUUUUUCGACAUCCAGCCCUCGAUUGGUUAGAUAAACAAGAGAAGGAUUCUGUGAUUUAUGUGUCUUUUGGUACAAUUACAUCAAUGAAUGAUGAACAGAUCAGGGAAUUGGGAAUUGGGUUGUGGAAAAGUGAUCAAAAAUUCAUAUGGGUUUUAAGGGAUUCUGAUAAAAGUGAUGUUUUUGCACCAAAUCAGGGAAGAAAACUUGAAUUACCAAAAGGGUAUGAAGAAAAAGUGAAAAAAAGAGGAAUUAUUGUAAGGGAUUGGGCACCUCAGCUUGAGAUUUUGGCACACCCUUCAGUUGGGGGGUUCCUGUCCCAUUGUGGGUGGAAUUCUUGUUUGGAGAGUAUCACAAUGGGAGUGCCUAUAAUAGCAUGGCCUAUGCAUUCUGAUCAGCCUAAGAACAGUAUUUUGAUAACAAAAGUUUUAGGGAUUGGUUUGUUGGUUAGUGAUUGCGAACAUAGGGAUGAAUUAGAUGCAUCAACUAGUGUGGAAAAUGUGGUAAGGAGACUUAUGGUAUCAGAUGAAGGUGUUGCGAUGAGAAGAAGGGCGGUUGAGCUUGGUGUUGCAGUUCGAGAAUCAGUUGAAGAUCGAGGAAGUUCUCGAGUAGAAUUGAAGUCUUUCAUUGCACAUAUCAGUAGAUGAUUAUUUACUAUCUGCACAAAACAAGAUAUAAGAGAGUAAGUAGUCACUUGAGCAUUACAUUGGUGGAUCUGAUCUGUUGGUUUAUAUAGCUGGCCCCAGUUUUUUAGGGUUAAGGGUUUUGGCGAUAUUGUUGUUGUAGUUCGAGGAUCAGUUGAAGAUCGAGAAAGUUCUCGAGUAGAAUUGGAUCUAUCAUUGCAUACAUCAGUAGAUGAUCAUCUUUAUCUGCACAAAACAAGAUACUAGAGAGGAAGUAGUCACUUGAGCAUUGUGUACCUAUACUGUAAUCUUAUUGAAUUUGCAUUUACAUCAGUGGAACUAAUCUAUUGGUUUAUACAGCCGACCCUAAUUUUUUAGGAUUAAGGCUUUUGGCGUUGUUGUUGUUGCAGUUUGAGGAUUAGUUGAAGAUCAAGGAAGUUCUCGAGCAGAAUUGGAUUCUUUCAUUGCAUACAUCAAUAGAUGAUCAUCUUUAUCUGCACAAUACAAGAUACUAGACCAGUGUAACAUAAUUUGCUAGUUAAUUUUCUUUUUUAAAUUUGCGAUUCGCUCAAACUUGCCCAAGAAUAGCCAAAAACGGAUCAUAAUUCGCUUUUUUAAUUUGCGAUUCACAAGGAGAUUAGCGAAUCAUAUGACAUUGUACUAGAGUGUAAGCGGUCACUUGAGCAUUGUUUACCUAUAUUGUUAUCUACUUGAAUUAGCAUUUACACCUGUAGAACUGAUCUAUUGGUUUAUAUAGCUGAUGUUAAUCUAUUAAUUUAUGUAGUUGAUCUCAAUCUAUUUCCAAAAAUAAGUGUCAAAAUAUAGAUCUAUUAGGAUCUCAAUAAAAAACUAAGUUAAUGUUUAUGGUCA